AUUUAUAUAUAUAUAUACAAAUUCUAUCUAUACGAGGGGUUGACAUCAAGCCUGGUCUGUAACUGGGAUCAAAUCGAAAAUGGAGGAGAGAAACUCAGAUGCUGCCAAUCUAAAGUCUGAAUAUGAUCGAGCAAGUGAGGUUAAAGCUUUUGAUGAGACUAAAGCUGGAGUGAAAGGCCUUGUUGAUGCUGGGAUUACUCAUAUUCCUCGUUUCUUCCACAAGUCAAUAUUAUGUGAUGAUAGUAUUAGUACUCAUGAUCUAAGAGAAUCCCACUUCAGUGUUCCAGUUAUAGACCUUGGAGGUCUCAAUGGAGAUCCAUUCGAGCGAAGAGAGAUUGUUGAUAGAGUGAGAGAAGCUUCUGAAAAUGGAGGGUUCUUUCAGAUUGUCAACCAUGGCAUUCCAGAGAGUGUUAUGGAAGAAAUGAAAGAAGGUGUUCGAAGAUUUUUUGAGCAAGAAACUGAGGUGAAGAAAGCUUUUUAUACCAGAGACUUCACUAAGCCACUGGUCUACAACACCAACAAUAGUCUGUAUUCCUCUCCAUCUGCAGAUUGGAGAGACACUUUUCUUGUUCGAAUGGCUCCUCACCCUCCUAAACCAGAAGAUUUGCCCCAUGUAUGCAGAGACAUACUUAUGGAGUACUCGAAGCAAGCAAUGAGAGUUGGGGUUUUUCUAUUCGAGUUGAUCUCUGAGGCUCUCGGAUUGAAUUCAAAUCACUUGAAUGAAAUGGAUUGUGCUGAGGGGUUAUCACUUUCAUGCCAUUAUUGUCCACCAUGUCCUCAACCAGAAUUAACUAUGAGCGUAGCCAAACACGCUGAUAUUGACUUUCUCACUGUGUUGCUUCAUGAUGACAUUGGUGGUCUUCAAGUUCUAAACGACAGUAAGUGGAUUGACGUGUCCCCUCGAUCUGGAGCUCUAGUGGUAAACAUUGGAGAUAUUCUUCAGCUCAUAACAAACGAUAGAUUCAAAAGUGUCGAGCACAGAGUUUUGGCGAGCCAUGAUGGUCCUAGAAUAUCUAUUGCAGGUUUCUUCUUCACAGGUGUAUUGCCAACUUCGAAAUUGUAUGGACCGAUCAAGGAAUUGUUAUCAGAAAAUAAUCCACCAAAGUACAAAGAAAUCACAGUGAAAGAUUAUACUAUUCAAUUCAGUAAAAAAGGCCUUGAUGGGAUCAAAGCCUUAGAUCAUUUUAAGCUCAGGCUUGAUAAGAUAGAAUGAUAAAGAUUGAGAAUUAUCAUAGUAAACAUGAAUAUGGAAACUAUCGUACUCUAUCAUAAUAAGCCCUGUUACUUUUAAUUUUAAUUUUUGUAUAAUAAGCUUUCAGUUGUAUUUGUGCAACUAAACUGUAAUAUCCAACAUUUUCAUAAUACAUUUCUUUAUUAUAAAUCAGAGUUUCAAUACAUAAAAUGUAC